AACCUCGCUUAAAAAUCGCGUUUGCGUUUUCAUUUUUUCUCUCUAGAGUGUGUGAAAUUAAUAUUCUUUCUGGCGACGAAUCCCAGAGGUUAUUGUUGAAUUUGCCUCCAAGAAAUCUGCAAUUAGAAAAGUUCCCAUUUCGCCGUCAUCGUCGUCUUCGUCUGCUUUGAUCCCAAAGAUGUGUUCCUGAGUCGUUGGGAGAUUUAGGUCAUUUCGCAUCGGACUCAGUCUCGCAGCAUCGGAGAGAGAAGUCAUGAAUACGCCACCGAGUUCUCGUGUCGCAUCUUUUGGUCAGACGGAGAUUAACUGGGACAAGCUUGACAAAAGGAGGUUUUACGUUGUAGGGGCUGGCCUAUUCACUGGUGUUACUGUAGCUCUGUAUCCUGUUUCCGUGGUGAAAACAAGGCUUCAAGUUGCUUCUAGAGAAAUUGCUGAGAGAAGUGCAUUUUCUGUUGUAAAAGGAAUACUGAAGAAUGACGGUGUUCCUGGUCUCUAUAGAGGUUUUGGUACUGUAAUUACAGGUGCAGUACCUGCAAGGAUCAUAUUUCUAACUGCCCUUGAGACCACAAAGAUUUCUGCAUUUAAGAUGGUUGCACCUUUCGAGCUAAGUGAACCUACACAAGCUGCCAUUGCAAAUGGAAUUGCCGGCAUGACAGCUUCUCUUUUCUCACAGGCUGUGUUUGUCCCAAUUGACGUUGUUAGCCAAAAGUUGAUGGUACAAGGAUACUCAGGCCACGCUAAAUACACUGGUGGUAUUGAUGUUGCCACAAAAAUCAUUAAGUCAUAUGGUGUAAGGGGAUUAUACAGGGGGUUUGGUCUGUCUGUUAUGACCUAUUCUCCUUCAAGUGCUGCUUGGUGGGCUAGCUAUGGAUCAAGCCAGCGUGUUAUCUGGAGAUUCUUAGGCUAUGGUAGUGACUCGGAUGCGACGACUGCUGCUCCUAGUAAGUCAAAAAUUGUUCUGGUCCAGGCUGCUGGAGGAAUUAUUGCUGGUGCAACAGCAUCCUCAAUUACAACUCCGUUAGACACAAUCAAAACACGACUGCAGAUCAUGGGACAUCAAGAAAAUAGACCUUCAGCGAAACAAGUGGUGAAAACUCUGCUAGCUGAAGAUGGGUGGAAAGGAUUCUAUAGGGGUUUGGGCCCAAGAUUCUUUAGCAUGUCGGCUUGGGGAACCUCGAUGAUAUUGACUUACGAAUACUUAAAGCGUCUGUGUGCAAUAGAAGAUUAGAAAGCCGCACUAUUGUUUGUUGGUUAUUCUCCUUCGACUAACUCGAGUAGAGGCAUCAACUCGAUUCAAAUCUCGGCUAUUGGGAGCUUCCUUCCAUGUUGACAAUUGGACCAUUCUUUCAAGUUUGAAGUCUGAGUUCCGUUAUUGUAAUCAUUCUUUCAACUUUGCGUAUUGGAAUGUAUUCUUACAGCAGAAGAAAUUCUAGAUUACGGUCUUCUGCAUUAUUAGCUUCUGGGAGCUAAAGAAGCUUCGAAACUUUGCAAUUACUUCACUGAAUCUUAUAAUCGUAUGGAUGUACGUGUUGCCAUAACAGUGAAAAAUUGAGCUGAGUUUUGAUGUUGCAAAUGGCUUUUCAUUUGCAUAAACUGGUGUUCGCAAAAAGUA